AGCUUGUAAACAGCCUAAGUACCAGUCUGGAGCCAGUCAGGUCGGGGGUUGCUCCUGGGCUGCGACGGAGGAGAGGAUCGCGCGCUCCUACGUGCUUUUCUUUAGCAGGGGCCGUUCGCUUCGCGAAAGACUAUGGUUGGCGGAGCCGUUCCCACUGCCUCUUCCUCCCCGGUCGAGCUCUUGACUGCCAAAGCGGAGCCAAGCACCCGGAAAGAAGCAACGAAGGCGUGAAAAGCAAAGCCCCUACUUAGCGGCGGGCUUCCUAAUGCCUGCCCGCCCCCUCCGGGGAGAUCAUAUGACAAUUUGAGCAACGGAUCGUGAUGGGUCUACUGGCCAGUCAAGGAAUCUAGAGUUUUAAAUCUAAUGCAAGCGCUUGUUGAAAGACGUUUGGGAAAGGUAGUGGUCACUGCCCAGGAAACAGGCCUACUCAAUAACUGCUAUGAAGUGCACAGGAUCUACAGGGAGUGAGGAAUUUGCCUUUGUAUUGGAGCAUGCUCUAGCCAGGGAGGCAGAGAUUUGGAAGGUGCCAGUCUUUCAAGAUUUCACAUUAAAGGGCACAGACAUUCCUCCAUUAUAUUAUGAGAAAGCUGUUUUGUGGAUUGGAGAAUUAAGCUCACUGUUUCAGUUUUGCUCUGGAACAUUUGCCUUGGCUACCAGCAUUCUUAAUCGGUUAUUGGCAUCAGUGAAGGCACAGUUAAAAUACCUCCAAUGCAUUGCAAUUGCUUGCCUGGUUCUUGCAGCAAAAAUCAAUGAAGAAGAUGAGAUAAUACCAUCAGUAAAGAAGCUUGCAGUGCGGAGUGGUUGUAAAUGUUCUCCAGCUGAGAUUCUGAGGAUGGAAAGAAUUGUACUUGAUAAACUUCACUGGGAUCUUUACACAGCAACAUCAAUGGAUUUUUUAAACAUUUUCCAUGCCAUGGUGAUGUUCAAGUGGGCCCAUCUACUAAAUGGGCUGCCUCAGAGGAAUCCUUCCCGCCAUGCCGCAUUCUUGACCAAACAGCUGCAGCACUGUAUGGCAUGCCACCAGCUGCUGCAGUUUAAGGGCUCCACAUUGGCUUUGGUGAUCAUCACCUUAGAGUUGGAGAGGCUGACUCCUGACUGGUUUCCUGUGAUAACUGAUCUGCUAAAAAAAGCACAGAUUGACAGCACACAGUUCAUCCACUGUAAAGAGCUUGUUGACCAGCAUCUCCUGUCUUUCCAACCAUCCAAUGCCGUCUAUAUUUUCAACCCUGCCAGCCAAAAGAUUCAAGCCCGCCUGGAUGAAAGGUUAUUCUACUGUUAUUCCACAGACAAGAAAGCAAUGCAAAUUAAACAACAAGCCAGAGGGAGCUGGGCAGUCCCAGCAGUUUUCACGCCUCGCCAAGCCAGAAAUCAUGAAGAUGACAUGGAGACAGAUGAAUUCUAUGAUGGAUUCAAAUACUUGUACAAUGAAGAUGGCUUUCCAGAAGCUGGACAAACCAGCAAUGAUCAUCCAAGACAAGAGGAAAGCAGCACUUUCUGCCCUCCAUUAGAGCCUGCCCCGGAGAUUGACUAGUGGAGUGUCAUUAUGUAGUGCCAAGGGACCAGCCAGUACCCAAAGCUAUUGCUGGUAUAGCAAAGGGUUAUAGCUGUAAAUAGAAAACAUUACCCAUUUUGUAGUCCAACCUUCUGCCUUUUAAAUUGCUUCUUACAAAACUGUACUGGGGGUGGCUUUAGUGUAGUCAGAAUAUAAAGCUCACACAGGGAUGCCAACUUCAAGGUGGCAACUGGAGAUCUCCCAGAAUUGCAACUGAUUUCCAGGCCACAGGGAUAAGUUCCCCUGGAGAAAAUGGCCACUUUGGAGGGUGGAUUCUAUGGCAUUAUACCCUGCUGAGGUCCCUCACCUCCCAAAAAUCUUCCCUCUCCAGACUCCAUCCCCCCAAAUCUCCAGGAAUUUCCCAACCUCAAGCUCGCAAAGCUAAGCUCAUGUGAUGAACUAUGUAAUGAGCAGCUGAAAGGCAAAGCCUCAGGGAUCAACAACCAGCAGCUUGGAUAAUAUGCUACUCUUAGAAAUGCAAAUGGAGCCGAAGUCCAGGGGUGAGGAAGAGCUUUCUAAUCUUCUCCCAUCAGUGCACAACUUCAGAGUUUGCCUUUGUUCAGAUGCUAGCUCUGCUCUCCUGCAGAAACCAUUACAUGCCAUUAUCAGUUAGCUGUGGGUGAGUACGAUGGAGCAGGGCUAGUGAUAGAGAAUAAAGAAUCCUGUAGAUACACUUCACUGGAACUGUAUUUAAGGCCCAGUCUGCAGAUUUAUCAGGAAGCAAUCAAAUGGAUGAUCACUUGGAUAAAAGUGAAUAAAGUAGGCAGUCGGUAAAAACUGUGCUAUAAAAAGAGUCUACCUUUAGUGAACAAUUUUCGCCUGCUGUUGACUCAAAAGUUAAGGACAGUGGUAAUUUCAGCAACUUUCAGGCUAGAACCUAUGGCCUUUGGAACUAGCCUUAAUGCACUAGCACUUUUCUUCACUUAUAUUCUCUGGGUUCAGUCAUAAGUAAAUACCCCACUAUUAGAAGAUUAGACUAUUAGAUUAGAGAAGCAUCAUGAAAGUUGUAGUCUAAGACAUCAGAGUUUAGAGGGCUUUGAAGGGGAACUAAGCAAACAAUCACAGCAUAGAUCUAUCCUCUAAAAGCUAGUGUAGUGUAUUGUUAAGAGUGUUGGACAAGGAUCUGGGAGACCCAGGUUCAAAUCCCCACUCUGCCAUGUAAGGUUGCUGGGUGACCUUGGGCCAAUCACACACUGUCAGCCUAACCUACCUCAUAGGGUUGUUUUGAGGAUAAAAUGGAAAAGGGGAGGUUGUUGUAAGCCAAUUUGGGAAGAAAGGUGGGGUAUAAAUGAAGUAAGUAAAUAAAUAUCUAUGGUUAUCACCCUCAUGAAACCUCAGGAUGCCACAGAGUAUCAGCAAACAGAGGCAGCAGUGGCAGAAGGGUAUUGCCUUUCUUCUCUGCUUCUAUCCUUAUAAAAGGAUACUGGACCUCAGCUCUGAUCUACUAGGAAUCUUCUUUUGUUCUUAAGUUCUAGCUAAAGAGGGAUGAGAAAUCAUGCACACUCGAAAAUACUGCUCCAGAAUGGCUGGAUGAGCGGCACUUCUUUGACUCAUUUUGUAUGAAAAUAGUAAUAUGAAAGAACAUGUUUCACACAUAUUAAUACUACAAAACAGAUUAAUUUGUCAUAAGAUAUAAACCUAUUAUGUGCUCACCUACAAGCAUUAUCAUGCUGAAAAACCACAUAUUUUCUAAUUAUUCUAUUCAUAUGAGCAUAUCUUUAUGCAGAAUCAAGAUACUCAAAGCCCCCUGUCUGCUAUAACCCUACUGGAAUAUCUUAUAAACAGAUAGGAAUAAUAUGAGACAUCUUAGUACUCUAGGCAUAAAAGUUACCCCCCCAAAGUACUAAAAAUAUAGUAAGAGUUUGCUGCCGUUAAAUGAUACUUAAAAAUCUGCUAAAGCAGGCCAUUACAUAUUACUUAAUCAUUCAGCCUUGUUUAGUAUCACACAUUAACAUAAACAGUGCAGUGCAUGUGUAUUUUUAAAAAUGUGCAAAAUGGUGUUAAAUAUAUCAAGGUUAACAUAUUGAAUCAGUACAUGGCACCUACCAAGAAUUUUAUUAUGUGUUUAUAUAUUACUGUAAAUGCCAAAAGGCAAAGUUUGCUGUGAGGUUCAAAAACUGAUUUGAAUUUAUAUGGCAAUGUAUUUGCCUACUUACCUGAUCACUUGUAGAACCCAGUUCAUACAGCAUUAUUUAGCAUUUUCCUAUGGUAUCACAUGUGAAUAGACUCACAGACAUUGAUGGCUAUACUGGAAUGCGUCAGAGAAGUAAGAGCAGCAAUAUGAAAUCAAUCAAAAAACUAUUGAUGCUGUGCUUAGUGCUAAAGGAAGAAAAUACUGGAAGAAGUGCCUUGCCAGCACAGCUUCAAUGGAAAUAAGCUAAGAUCCCAGCAAUUUAAAAUGACACAAUAUAUUAGACAACAGAAUCUUUUAGGCUUUCUACAUGUCUGAAGGUCUAGUUUUUCAGGAAACACUUCAAAUAAUGUUUGCUGUUGUUUAUAGGAUCAAAAGCAUCAACUCUUCAUCAUAUUGUAACUUGACAGUAUUUUUUAUGCAGGCAAUUGUGUUUUUUUUGUAAUUUUUGUUAAAUAAAAAUCAAACUAUU